AGAAAUUGCGCAUGCGUAGAUGACACAAUCUAUUUAUUGAAAGAUUUCGUACACAAAUUUUGUAAUCGCGUAAAACAGAAUUCCACGUGUCCAAGUUUGUAUUUGCACAAAGAUACGCUUAUAAAAUUAACAAAAUAUUUUUUUAUAAUCGGUAGAAUGUCGGAUAGUGAUGAAGAAGCUUUCGAAAGUGCUGAUGAAGAUUCAUCGAAGACAUCUAAACCCAUAAAGCAGGAUAUAGCGGACAAGUCUAAAGCAGUUGAAAAACCUGUAUCCGAACCAGAAAAAGAACUUCCAAAAGAACCUAAUGCAGAAGCCAAAGCUACAGCAGAGGAUGAUUUUACGCCUCAACCAGCUAUCGACAGAGGAAAAGACAUUGAUAAUCCUGAAAGCAAAGAAAAUGUUAAAAAACUAUUCGAUAAGAUAAAUGAACAAGAAAAAGAGACUGGUUGGCUAUCAUGGAAAAGUAAAUUACUUACCACAGCCUCAACAACCGUCAAUACAUUUACUGGUGCUGUUGGAGAUGGAUUCAAUACAGUUAUGCAAACAGCUGAAACAGCCCUUGGUGCAGAACCUGCAGAGGAAUUGGCUCAGAGAUUGGAAACAGGAGAUAAAAAUGAAGAUAAGCAAGAAGUAGCAAACGUUGAUGAUAAAGAGGCUGAUAAGAAAGAUAAUAAUGCCUGGGGUAGCUGGGGUUCGUGGGGUCUGUCUGGUAUAACAUCUGCUGUUGGUAAAGCUACUAAUGUUUUAGAGAAUACAUCCAAAACAGUGGUGAGUGGUAGUUUAAAUGUUCUCGAAACAAUUGGCAAGAAAACAUAUGAAACAAUUGCCGAAGGUGAACAUGGUUUAAAAUCGACUUUACAAAAAAACAAGAUAAGCUUAUCCCAGGUUCUACGUGAAGCCAAGCAAACUGCCGACGAUAAUAUCUCUCAUGAGGAAAAGUUUCGAGAAGACCAAGAGAUGAAUUAUAGUUUCCUUUUUGAUGAAUUUAAUGGCCUGGUAAAUUUGGAGGCUUUAGAAAUGCUCUCCCAUCAAAGUGAAUGUCAACUAGAGAAAUUGCAAGUUCUAUCCAAUUCGAAAUUUCGCGAUCAAUUCGAAUCUAUAACAUCAAAAUUCGAAUUAUCAGGCGAUGAAGAAGAGAAUGAAGAGAAGGCUGAUGAAGAACACGAUUUUGUGACACUAUUAAGGCAGAACGCUACAUUACUACAAUCUUUGAAUUUGAGCGUUGAUGAGGAAUUGUCCAAGUUGUCUGAUUUACAAGUUAGCCUCCGAAGUAGAAUUUCACAAGACGAAAUCUCAUUGUCUAAAGGUGAAAGUGUCGACAGUAAGGAUAUGUAUAAGCAAGCUCUCAGCAAUCUGGCCCAUUUAACAGCCCGCGUAAUCAUUCUCUAUCAUCGAGUGGCACAAAAAGUACUCGCAUCGAACAAAGUCGAAGAAUUCUCAGCCUAUAAUGACGGUGCAGAGAGCGUUUCCUUAAUCUCAAAAUUGAUGAAUACCGAAUUUGGUAUUCUAUCUAACCAGUACGCAAAAAAUUUGAACUCCUGCAAGGACGAGAAUGAUUCCCUAAAUACGUUCAUAACAAGCGUCUAUUUCGAGGCUUCCAAUAGUGGCCGAUAUGCUAGCGACGCUCUGAAACUCCUAGUACCUGUAUUCCAGUUAGCUAUUGCGAAGCAAACUAUUUCAGAUGAUUAG